AUGACCGGAAAGUAUGCUUCUGACCCUGCAUGGGCCUCCAUCGCGCCCAUCCCCCUCAACGACGGCUCCGAGUCUGGUGCGGUGCCGCUGGCCACGAUCGCCUAUAGCGAGGAAUACCUCGAGGCGACCUCAUACCUCCGUGCGGUCAUGGCGGCAAACGAAAUGUCCGAGAGAGCGUUGGGACUCACUGAAGACGUUAUUUCCAUGAAUCCCGCCCAUUACACUGUCUGGAUAUACCGCGCCAAGAUCCUGUUUGCUCUGAACAAAGAUCUCCUUGAGGAGCUAGAGUGGUUGAAUGGCGUCUCCUUGAAAUACCUCAAGAAUUACCAAAUCUGGCACCAUCGCCAAGUCAUCAUGUCCUCACGAGAGCACUUCCCCACCCUCCCACCCAAAGAGAUGGACUUCCUGAUGGAGAUGUUCGCCCAAGACUCAAAGAACUACCACGUCUGGACCUACCGUCACUGGCUAGUCCGGCACUUUGAGCUCUGGGACUCGCCUCGUGAGCUGGCUGACAUGAACUCCCUUAUCAACUCGGACGUCAGGAACAACUCCGCCUGGAACCACCGGUAUAUGCUACGCUUUGGGCCUCGCAGCAAUGAGCCCGAUGCUGGUAUGGUUAAUGCUGAGGGGAAGCCUCAUGAAAAGGGCCGACUUUCCGUUGUUGAUGAAGACCUCGUUGAUGAGGAGCUGAAGUACGCCCAGGAGCAAAUCAUUCGCGCGCCGGAGAACCGAAGCCCGUGGUCGUAUGCCCGGGGUGUGCUACGGGCUGCUGGCCGACCGCUCUCGGAGUGGACUGGGUUUUCGCGAAAGCUCGUUGUCGACGAGUUUGAUGAGCAGGGACAGCUUUCGGGUGUGUCCGUGAAGAGUAGCCACGCUAUCGAGUGGCUGGCGGAUGUAUAUGCUGAUGCAGAAGGCCAUAAUCGAGACGAGGCUGUUAGGAUGUUGAAUCUUUUGAAGGACAAGUACGAUCCCAUCCGGAGAAACUACUGGGACUACCGCAUCCGGGCAAUUGAGGCGGGAGAGGUACCAGCCUCUGCGUGA